ACUACCCAUAUUGGGGCAGAGCGAAAAUGGAGCUGUUAAUCGCAGCGCGACGGUAAACGGUAUACUAAUCUCAGGCGGCGAUGCUCGCCGGAGCUCACCUGCCCCUGCUAUGAAACAAAGAAGAAUUGGCAGGUAUCCCUGCGUUGUUCAAAACUCUAUUGAUCUUAUUUCUCGAGGUCGAUUCCACGAAGCAGUUGACACUUUACCCCUCUUAUUUCGGAAAGGUUUUUCCUUAAACACUAAAGCAAUCGCCUCUCUGAUUCGGCAAUGCGCCACUGCGAAAUGCAUCAAAGAGGGCAAAUUGGUUCAUCUUCAUUUGAAGCUCACUGCUCGGAAACACCCCAACACGGUCCUGUCCAACCAUUUGAUUAAUAUGUACGCGAAAUGCGGCGAUCAUGUUAAGGCACGCCAAGUGUUUGAUAAAAUGCGGAGCAAAAAUUUGUAUUCUUGGAACAUUAUGCUCGCCGGGUAUGCGAAUCUGGGGAUGAUGAAGGCUGCAAGAAAGUUCUUCUACAGAAUGCCUGCAAGGGAUUUUGUGAGCUGGAAUACAAUGGUGAUGGCGUGUGUGCAGGGUGGGCUGUUUGCAGAGGCUUUGAAGUUUUAUAUGGAGUUAAGGAGGUUGCAUAUUGGAUUUAAUAAAUACAGUUUUGCUGGGGUUUUGACAGCUUCUGUUAAGUUGGGUGACUUGUGGCUAGCCAGACAAUUGCAUUGUCAGGUUCUCGUGUUAGGAUUUUUUUCUAACUUGGUCCUCUCAAGUUCUAUUCUAGAUGCAUAUGCAAAAUGUGGCAACAUUGGAGAUGCUAGAAAAUUGUUUGAUGAGGUGAGAGAUAGGGAUGUUCUAGCGUGGACUGCUUUGGUUUCAGGUUAUGCUCGAGGGGGCGAUAUGAAAUUGGCUAGGGAAGUAUUUGAUGCUAUUCCAGAUAAGAAUUCUGUCUCUUGGGCUACUUUAAUUACAGGGUAUGCCCACAAUGGCAUGGGACAUUGCGCCCUUAAGGUAUUAUCGGAGAUGAUCUGGCUCAAUGUCAAACCUGAUCAAUUUGCUUUUAAUAGUUGCUUGUUUGCUUGUGCUGGCCUAGGUUCUCUCGAGCAUGGUAAACAGCUUCAUUCAUAUUUGAUAACCAGUGGUAUUAGGCCAAAUGCAGUGGUUACAAGCUCUCUCAUUGACAUGUAUUCCAAGUGUGGAAGGUUAGAAGCUGCAACGAAGAUUUUUUUGACAAUGAAAAAUAAGCAGCAUACGGUGUUGUGGAACACCAUGAUGUCGGCCUUUUCCUUUCAUGGACGUUGUAAAGAAGCAAUAAAGAUUUUUAUCCGUAUGGGGAGGUUAGGUCUGAAACCCGAUGGAGUCACCUUUUUUGUCCUUCUUAAUGCAUGCAAGCAUUCAGGGUUUGUGCGAGGAGGACUUUAUUUAUUCAAGUCCAUGACCUUGGAUUAUUGCAUUGUUCCGGAUCAAGAGCAUUAUGCGUGUCUAAUUGAUAUACUAGGCCAGUCCAAAGAUUUUGAAGAGAUGGUAAACCAGCUGAAGAAUAUGCGAUGCAAACCCGACGAAUAUAUCUGGAAUUCCUUUCUUGAUGUAUGUAGAAUUCAUGGAAAUUUAGAAUUGGGUAGACUAGUUGCUAGAUAUCUUGUUGAGCUAGAACCUCGACUCCCUGCAGCAUGCCUUCUACUGUCAGGUAUAUAUGCUGCUCUUGGGAGAUGGGAAUCAGCACAAGAAAUAAGACGCCUUACAAAUGUGAAACACGUGGAAGAAGGCCGAGACCUUACCUGGUUAGAAAUUGAUAGAAUGUUGAACCUAGAUACAGGAUGUAAUAAGUUGCAUAGUCCUGAAGGGGAAACAACCUCAGUGUGGGAACGCUUAGCUGAUGGGAGCUCAUUAUUUAGUGUUGCAAGGUAAAGUUUCCUGAUAUUUUUGUGCCAUUGCUCUUCAAAAAUAGAAAGAAAAUUUUGCUGUUAA